UAGCAUCGCUUUUUCCCAACUGCUGUCUCUAUUAUGGUUUUUAAUAAAAUAUUAAAUAUCUGUCGUUCUUAUGUCUCUACGUGUAUACGUGUAACUAACACUUCCGCUACACUUGAAUCAAUAUCUGCAAAUCGCAUCAUUGAAUCAACAAAGGAUUCGUCAAACUCUGGCAGCUUUCUUAUUUCACAGCGUAUUUCUUUCCAUUCUUCAACUGUAAAUUGUGCCUCUGCCUCCCGAUCAUUCAAAUCAAUGAUCCACGAAUGUAUGAGUGAUUCAGCUGAUAAUAUAUUGCAAUGCUCAAAGAUAAUUUCCUCGACACAUGUUCCGGAUGAUAGAAUCCAUUUAUGAGUCUUAUUCAUUUUGCAUAGGAUUUACCAAAACACUUGAACUGUGAAGAUGUCAGCAAUGGUGAAGGAUUCUGAUCCUCAUCAUCACUUGUAAUAUGAAUAGAAGAGCCUAAGAGAAAAAAAUCAAAGAAAAAAUCAAAGAAAAAGAAUUAUUAUAUGUUACCUUG